AUGGCGGCUUUCAACAUAAAGGUCGUUUCCGACACGGUAUGCCCAUGGUGCUACGUCGGUCAUCGACAGCUGGAACAAGCCAUCAAACUCUGGCACACCAAGCACCCGGAUUCCAAGGAUACUUUCAAAGUCGAGUUCUUCCCCUACCAGCUCAUGCCAGAGUUCCCGCGGGGACCUGGUAAAAGCAUGGACAAGGAAACCCUUUACAGGGAGCGAUUUGGUGCCGCGCAAAGACAGCAGGGCAUCCAAAGGCUCACAGCGGUCGGCGUACCACUUGGCAUCAACUUUCGUUUCGGCGGAAACGUCGGCAACACUCGCGACUCUCACCGAUUGAUCGAGCUCUCGAAGAAAUAUGGAAGUGAAGUGGAGAUGAAGACUGUGGACGGGAUUUUUGCGGCCUACUUUGAAAAAGAAAAAGACAUCACCACAUACGAGGUCCUUGGCGAGGUGGCCAAGCUGUCGGGUAUCCCGGAAGCAGACUUUCAGAAGGCCAUUGUGGAAAGCGACGAGUACGGGGCACAAAUUGACAAGGCUGUUGCUGGCGCAAGAGAAAAUGGCAUAUCCGGGGUCCCGGACUUUACUAUUCAGGAUCGAUUCCAAUGGUCUGGAGCGAGAGACCCAGAGGCCUUCGUUGUGUUGCUAGAAAAGGCCAAGGAGAUGGGCCUGUAA